AUGAAUACAUUUAUCAUCUUUAUUAUUUUAAUACCUAUUGUAGGUUUUGCUUUAUUAGCCGUAAAUAUAUUAUUAGCAGUAUAUAAACCAUAUAAUGAAAAAUUAGGAGCAUUUGAAUGUGGUUUAACUAGUUUCAAUCAAACUAGAUUAGCAUUCAAUGCAGCUUUCAUUUUAGUAGCAAUAUUAUUCCUACCUUUUGAUUUAGAAAUAUCAACAUUAUUACCUUAUGUUAUGUCAAUUUAUUUAGUAUCUAAUUAUGGUUUCACUAUAGUUUUAUUAUUUUUAUUAAUAUUAAUUAUAGGUUUCGUAUAUGAAAUUAAUACUAAUGCAUUAAAAAUUAACAAACAUAAUAAACCAAACACAGAUUCAUUAAUCUAUAAGUUAUAA